AAUUUAAGACGGUAGCGAAGAGCGGCGGUUCCAGCUCUCCUCAUGGGGCGCUACACGGGCAAGACGUGCCGUCUGAUCUUCAUGCUAGUAAUGACAGCGAGCUUUUUCGUGACCGAGCUGGUGUCGGGCUACGUGGGCAACUCGAUCGCGCUGGUCUCCGACUCCUUCACCAUGCUCUCCGACGUGCUCGCUCUGUGCGUGGGCAUCGUCACAGGACGCCUGUCUCACCAACGCCGACGCCGUCCCGGCGCCUCUUACGGCUCCGGACGGGCCGAGGUGGUGGGCGCCCUCUGCAACGCCGUCUUCCUGGCCGCCCUCUAUUUCACCAUCCUGAUGGAAGCGCUGCAGCGCCUGGCGAAGCCCGAGGCCCUCAGCAACGCCACGCUCAUCCUCGUGGUAGGCACGAUCGGCCUGGCCAUCAACGUCGUGGGACUCCUCGUCUUCCAGGACUGGGCCUGCUGCUGCGGUCGACGGUCGCCGCCCCCGCCCUAUCUUAGCUCCGAGGACGAGAGCCCAAGCCGAACCGUCGCUAGCAGCUCGAUCGCCUUAAAGGGGAUGGUGGAAAUGAGCGGCAGCGCCGCUGAGCCCCGCCCGAAAGCAGGUGAUUCUGCGGAUACCCAGAAAAAACCUGAAGAGGAUAAGAAACAGAAAACAGAAAAAAAGUCCGAAGCCUUGAACAUCAGAGGUGUUCUUUUGCAUGUGAUGGGAGAUGCUCUUGGCUCAGUUAUUGUUGUAGUUGCUGCUUCCAUAUUCUACAUACUUCCUCUGGAUGAGAACACACCUUGUAACUGGCAGUGUUACAUUGAUCCAAGCCUGACCAUUGUUAUGGUGUUUAUCAUACUGUCUUCAGCCUUUCCACUUAUCAAGGAGACGGCAACCAUUUUGUUGCAAAUGGUCCCCCAAAAUGUGAAUAUGCAAAUAUUGGCAAACAAAUUAUUGGAAGUGCCAGGCGUUAGCAGCAUUCAUGAGCUGCAUAUCUGGGAAUUUAUCAAGGGGAAGAACAUUGCCACAGUCCAUGUCAAGUGUCACUCUACUUCUGACUACCCCGUUGCUUCCUACAAAAUGAGGGAGGUGUUCCAUGAAGAAGGGAUCCAUUCAGUGACCAUCCAACCAGAGUACCUAGACCAUGAUUGUCCUAAGGUCCUGUGCAGUACGCCAUGUAUCUCCAGAUCCUGUGAUCCUCAAUUGUGCUGCAACCAGAAAGAUGCUCUUCUUUCUCAGAUGAAUGGUUACAGUGAAACAAUAGGCAGCUUUUCUCCAUCACUGAAGAAGGUCUUCCAAAAAAAAGAUGCCAUAGAAAUUCCUGUUGAACCUACGUGGGCUGAAGACGUAGUCAAAAAGAACAGUUGCUCCAAGGACAGUUAUAAAGAAAAAAGUGAAACAAUGCCACAAAUAAAUAACACUAAAUUUUAGACUUUGGGGUAAAUAUAUUCUAAAUUCUUUUGUCUCAAAAAAAAGUUGGGGAGCUUCCUUAUACAAAGCUUCCUUUGGUUGAAAAAGAAGUAGCUGUUGGCAAGUGUUUGCCAUGUUUCUGGAAGGUAGCAGUUGAAAGUUGAAUGCCAAGUUGAAUACCAAGUACUACAACUAAAACAGAUGCCAUUGGUUUCUUCUAAGGUCUAGUUGAAAUGGGCAGCCAUUUUCUUAAUGUUGGGCAAAUAAGCAAUGCCAACCCUAUUUGCUACCCUGCUCUGCGAAGAGAAACGGAUAAAGCAUUUAUUCAAUGAGUAGAGGUGUCUUCUGCUCAGAUCACUCUUCAAACCUUGUCUUAAUUGUUAGUGGAGGCAUCUUUCAGAUGCAAAUAGAAAUCUCAAGAAGGUUGAGAUUUCCGUCUGGUUUAAUGUAUUAAUUAGGAUGCAGAUUGCAAGCCAUACUCCUUUAUGAUUGUCCUAGCUUAUGGCAUAUCUUUAUUUUUCACUGAACUUUGUUUUUCUGUUUACUUGAGAUAAAUGAAAAGGAGAAAAGUGAGGAAAUAGGCCCAGUGGGUGUAGGAAUAAAAGAGUUAAAUCAGCAAAAGAACCAGUCACCCUUUUGUGCUUCACAAAUAAAGAACUAUAUUCUUAACUGAAAUAUGAAUGGAGAUAUUCAAAAUAUUUUAUUUUCUCCCCUUACUAGGUCUUUACAUUUUCCUCAUAUUCCAGUAAUUAUAAAAUGCUGAAAUAUUUUUUAGAAAAAAAUUGAAAUAAUUUAUUGAAUUAUAUGCCAUGAGAGAUAAAAUGUGAAUUUUUCAAUGUGCACUUACGUCAUUUGUAUUAAAUUAGCAAAGAAGUAAAGCUGCGAGAACUAAGGAUUUUCAUUUGUCUUAGGCAGGGUAGAACAUACCUCUGAGUUUGUUUUAAUAGAGUAAUUCUAUGGGUACACUGAGCAUUUCCGAUAUUCUUUCUCUUUUGUAAUAUGGUGCUAUUGAAUGUAUUUUUUUUAAUUAUUUUUUUUUAAAUUCCUUCAAGCCAUUUUUAAAAGAAUUUGACUUGCUGGCCUGUUUUAAACCUCAAUCCAAAUAAAUAUACAUAACUGUAAACCCUUUGAAUACCUCCUUUAAGUACUGCCCUUAUAGCCAUGUAAAUGGUUUGAGUGAGGCUGAAUGGUGGUUGUCCUUCUGUUAUCUUGAGUUUCUUUCAUGUUUUCAUUUCUUUAAGUUUUUGUUGUUAUUUAUGUCUGAUGUUUUUCGUAUUGUGAUACGAUUUGAAUUAUUUUGCUUGUACGCUGUCCAGAGCCACUUUUGGUGAGAUGGGUGGCUAUAUAAAUUUGCUAAAUAAAUAUAAUAUAAAUAUAAAAUUGCUAAAAAAAUAAAAUUGCUAGGAAUAUCUUACAUGAUUAUUUUAGAAAUUUUAGUACGCAGAUAAAAUCAGAACAUAGUGUCUGGCUAUCAGACUGUUUAGUCCUGAUGAAAGAGGUGGGGAUAGAAGAAAAUACUAAUCCAUAUAGCUGCCUACACUGAAUAUAAUUCACCCCUAUCCAAUCAGUACACUGGUCUUCUGGUAUUAUUAUUAUGGACAGCAAAAUGUAACCCUACUAAACAGAUUCUGUGUAUGAUAUCAAAGCUGUAUUUAUUUUAUUUCAUGUUUUGUUGAAUGUUAUUAAUUUCACUCUGGGCUUUUGUAAGUUGAGAAUUAGUAAUUUAGACCCCAAAAAAGUUUUAGUUUCUUUUAAUGAAACUAUUGGCAAAUGAACAUUGGGUAUCACCCAUGAAAUUAAUGCUGCUGUUUGAAAUUAAUACUGUUCCAUGCAAAAUUUAAUGGAAAGCAAAUUAUUGUAAAUAUUUUUUGGAUAGCUCAGCAGACUAAUGCAUCGUAAUCUAACUCCAGCUGUCUGCAAUUAGUAAGUUGGAAUCUUGCCAGGCUCAAGGUUGACUCAGCCUUCCAUCCUUUCUAAGGUAGGUAAAUUGAGGACCCAGUUGUGGGGGCAAUAAACUGACUUUGUAAAAAUAUACAAAAGUAUGAAGGCUAUUGCUUAACGCAUUGUAAGCCGCCCUGAGUCUCCGGAGAAGGGCGGCAUAUAAAUCAAAUAAAAAAAAAAAUUACUGCCUGUGUACUCUAUUUUUCUCUCAUUUCAGUUAAUGUUUGCUGUAUUUGCACUUUUGUAGCAUAAACUGGGAUUAUGGGGACCCAGAUUGUUGGGAGCAAUAUGCUGACUCUGUAAACUGCUUAGAGAGGGCUGUAAAGCACUGUGAAGCGGUAUAUAAAUCUAAGUGCUAUUGCUGUUAGUAUGUGUUCAGUACUAAUACUGUUUUUAAUUUUGUGUGUGUAUGUAUGUAUGCCUAUUUAUAUUGCCUUAAUAUAAAUAGAAAUUUUCUUCUUCUAAAACCUAUAAUACUUUUUAAAACUAUUGCAUGAAAUAUGCCCAAAUGGGCAAUAAUGCUUUGUUGGGGUAGAAGUCAUUUAUGUUUUUGAUUCCAAACGUGUAUAUAAGUUCUUUUCAUAAAUAUAGAUAGUGCUCUUCUGUAUUUUAAAGAAAUGUAUAAUACUUAUUUGGAUUUUUUGAACUGUAAUUCUUAAUCAGAACAUGGAAAAUGAGGAUAAACAGCAGGACUUGUAAAAAUAUACAAAUAAAAAGGGGCACAACGAUAACCGAUUUCAAUUCUGUAUCAGUGAAAAAGGUCAUUGCAUUUACAAAUUCCUCAUAAUAAAAUACAAUUUUUUACUACGAAUUUCUAUGUUUGAGUUUGAUCCAUGCCAGAUGAGACCAAACUGAAAUGUAGUAUUCUGUUAUUUAACCUGUACAAGUUGGGGGCACCCACCAAAAUUUGCACUUUCCAGAGAAAAAUCCAUCUUUUGACUUUUAUUAUAGCUUUGACCUGAUUUUUCUCAACCACUUUACUCUGUGAGUAAAUUUGGCUCUGGUGCAUCAUGUGUUUUGUGCCCAUUGCAUGUAUGCUGCUUUCUCAGUAUAAGUAGCCCUUAGAACUGUGUUUUUCUGUAAAAUUAUUGAACUACACAUCUGGCAUUUCCAUGGCUUUAUUGUGCUGAUUAGAUUUACAACUGCCAUUUUAUUUACUUGUCACAAGGUUUAUUGAUUUAUUUAUUGGCAAUGCCUUAUAUUGUUCAGCAAUUAAGACUACUGAAAUUUGGAUGUGACUCCAUUCUUCCACCAACUAAAUCAUGCAUGUUGUAUAAUUUAAGAUUUUUCUCUCUGCUUUUUGGUGGAGUUCCUGAUGGCCUUGAUACAUCUAUGAUAUCAGGAGAGGUACAGGAUUUGAUUAUUGUGAGAAAUUGGAAGAUCAAAAACCUAUAAAAAUCUUAACUAGAAUAUUACAAAGACUCCUGCAAAUGUAAUGACUUUUAUGAAUGUUUAGUAUGUUUCAUUACCAGAUUAUGGCUUUAGAAUAUAACAUUCAUGAAUUGUAUAUUUAUGAUGAAGCAUCAUCUUUGGAAUGUAUGAAGUUUAUGUUAUGACUUCCUCUGAAGUCACUUUUUACCUUCCAUCAGGACAGCACAAAAACCCUUUGAAACUGAAAUUUGUUUGGAAGUUUGAAAUUUUAAUUCUGACAAUAAUUUCUAUGGGUUUUCAAGUACCAACCAAUUGUUCUUGUGUUUGUGCACUUUAUUUGUUGAAAAUGACAUAAAAAUGCAAUAUAUAACACUAAUGUUAUAAAAGUUUUAUAUAAAUAAAAUGUUUUAUGUGCACAACUAGUUUUGCUAUCUAUUAAACAAAUUAUUUUUA